AUCGAAUGCGCGUGUUUGUUAUUUUAAACAGAUAAAUUAAAACAUGCUUCAUUGUGAAUUUAGCAUGUGUGAAUGUGUUCAUAUUGUGUGAAAAUAACUGUAAUAUAGAGCAGUAGCUCAAUGAUGAUGAAAAAUAAAUGGAUAAAGUAUUGAGGAUAAUAAAUAUUUAGGAGUAUGCCUCGUUGGUUGUUGGCACUUGACGAGCCUGCAUCAAAUCCAUGCAGGACAAAAAUAAAUUUAAUUUUUAAAUAAAUAAUGCUUUGUCCUGAUAAAAUUAAAACGACUCCAUGUCGAUUUGGUACAACUGAUGAAAUUAAAAAUUAUCAAAAGGAUUAUUUACGAUUACAUUCAGAAAUAUUUGGUGCAACAAAUCAAACAAUUAAAAAAUGGCAAAAUUCAACAAGUUCUGGUUAUGCAAGUCAUUCAUCACCACCACCACCACCACCACCUUUAUCAGCAUCAAUAUCAGGAGGUUUAUAUUCAACAUGUUAUGCAUCAGCAUCAUCAGCAACAAAAUUAAUUGAUCCUGGAUUAUCAAUAAUACACGAGACUGAUAUACCAAGACCAAUAUGGCCAUAUAAAAAUUAUAAUAAAAAUAAAAAUAAUUGGAUUAUUAAUUUAAAUGAUAAUGUUGAUUAUUUAUAUACACAAUAUAAUACAAAAUUAUAUUCACAUUGUUAUGAUAACUCAUCAAUAAUUUGUCAUAAUUGUUUUAUAAGAAAUUCAAUAAAUACAAAAGCUAAAGAUAUUUUAAUUGAAUUAUCAAAUAAAUUAAAUUCAAUUAUUUAUGAUGAUGAUAAUGAUGAUAUAACAGCUGAAGAUAUACUUGAAGAUAUAUCAAAAAUUAUUGCAAAAGGUAUUAAUGCAACUGUUGAUGAUAGUGAUGAUUUGAAAAUAAAUAAUCAACAAGAAGAACAGGGUGUUGAUAAUAUUGAUAAUUCAUCUACUGUGUUAAAUAAAAAAAUGACAAAUUUAAUUGGUAGUGAUAUUGUUAAUCCUGUUAAUCAUAUGCUUUAUGAAAAAUCUGGUCAAUUUUCAAAUUCAAGAAAAUUUAAUUUAAAAAAUAAUAUAACAAGUGGUUUAUCAAUGCCAAGAUGUUGUGGUAUAUCUUCAGUUAAUUUUAUUGAUGAUAUUUAUCAUGAAAAAAAUAAAUUAAAUAUUGAAAAUUUUAAAUUAAAUUGUGAAUUAACAAAAUCAAAAGGAACAAAUAAUAAAAUUUGUUAUACAAAUGAUGAGCCUGUUUAUACAACACUUGUACCAAGUGAUGAAAGCUCAUCGUAUGGUGUUAUUGGUCCACCUUUGUCAUCAAUAAAACAAGAUUGGAAUGAUAGUUCUAUGGUUUUUAAUAAAGACAUGGAUUUUACAUUGGAUGGUGUACGUGCUGAAAGACUGGAAUGUGCUAUUGCACGUGCUAAAAAUAAACGUAAAUGGUGUCGUAUUAUUAUUACAAUAUUUGGACUAGUCUUUUUUAUAUUAAGUGUCAUUAUUGUCACAAUGUCUGUUACACGGGGACGUAAAAUUUUUGGUAGUAUGUAAUAAAUAACUAUUAAAUUUAAAUUUUUUUCUAUAUAUACA